AGUAAAAAAUUAGUGCACUUUUAAAACGUAUUUGCUUAGUGGCAAAAGUGUAAACUCACACUGUAUCCACCCACCCAACCGGGUAUCCGGGUUUUCGAAUCCAAAACGCAAAAUCCUUCUCCUUGCCAGUGGUGUAUUCAUCUGAUCGGCCAUUGUUGAACGCUCUCUACCGUCAAUUAGGUAUUUUUGAUUCAUUUUCUAAUGAUAUUUACCUGAAUUGGAGACAUCACAGUAGCAAAUUGGCACAAAAAAGAAGCAGUUUUUGGAUGAAUUAAAGUACUUUAAUACUGUUUAUGAAGCCAUUGUUCGUUCCAUCUUAAUUGAAUUUCAGCUCGAUUAUACAUAAGCUCAGUGCUUCCGACCAACCUUGCUUUUUGAAAUUUUGAUUUGCAAGUCAACCGGCUGAUGUGGAGGAGCCUCGAGGAGGAAGAGGCAAAUAUUUGUCAUUUUGAUGAUACAGUUGAGUUCUUGCUGAUUGUAAUGUUUGUCCGUAUUCCUUGGCAUCAAUCAUUUCAAAUUCUGUGCUGAAGAUGUCUUUGAGCUCAACUGCAGUAUCUACUGAAGCUAAGGAGUCCAAACAGGAGAAUUUGAUCAUGGUAUGCGACAAUCUAUCCAACAAAGGAAGUCCUGGAGAACAAGAGGUUGAUGAAGAAAAGACUGAACACCAUUAUGGUGAUUGUAACAGGGGUGACAAUGAAAAUGAAUAUGAGUAUGACGAAGAUGAGGAAGAGGAUGUGGAUUUUAAUCCUUUGUUAAAAGAAACUGUCUCUCUAGAUGCUUCUUCAAGCCUGAGCUCAGAAAUCGAAGGUCUGGAUGCUGAUGUCGUUGACAGUGGGGAGAACAUUGCUACAUCAUUGAGAGUUAAUUGCAAAGAAGGAUUGCCAGAUUUUCCACAGGACUCUCUCAUUGGAGACAAAGAACUUGGUGAGGAGAUUGUGAUGCAAAAUAGAGCUUCUUCUGAGGCUUGUGAGGAAGACUUGAAGAAAAUUUCAUCUUCUGAACUUAAGGAGAGAGAAUCCACUCUAGAUACUGAACCUGAAAGUGGAAUUUCAAAUAACAAGAAGACUCUGUUGAGUGGAGGGGGUGAUCGCGUUGAGGAUCUUUCAGCUGGAGAGUGUAACAACAUAGCAAGUUCAGGUAGAUCCAUCAUAGAUAUGGAUAAUGAGGAUGCUAUAUGUAAGCGCACUAGAGCACGCUACUCACUUGCUAGCUUUACACUUGAUGAACUUGAGAUGUUUCUUCAGGAAACAGAUGAUGAGGAUGAUCUUCAGAAUGUCGACGAUGAAGAAGAGUACAGAAAGUUUCUUGCAGCUGUUUUACACGGUGGAGAUGGAAAUUCUGGAAAUUUACGAGAUAAUGAAAAUGUUGAUGAUGAAGAUGAAGACAAUGAUGCAGAUUUUGAGCUUGAAAUUGAGGAGGCAUUGGAGAGUGACCUUGAUGAACACAUGAAGGAUGAUAUUGACGAGUACGAGGCUGUUGCUCGAAGACCUAAGACUAGGCAAACUAGACGCCAAAGAGCUUCCCUUGAGAAGAAUGAUAAUUUAGGAUUGUCCAAUAGGCCUCUACGCCCUUUGUUACCAUAUCUUCCCCUUGUGAAAAGCAUGAUGCCAAGAUGUUAUCCGAUUCAACCCGGUCUGCCGUCUGCAAAUGAUGGCUUUGUGAACGGAUUUACACCCCAUCAGAUAGGACAAUUACAUUGUUUGAUACAUGAGCAUGUUCAACUUCUUAUUCAGGUUUUUGCCGUUUGUGUUCUUGAUCCGGCCAAACGGCACAUUGCUUCUAAUGUUGGGGAGUUGAUUUCCCAGAUGCUUCACAAACGUGCUGAAGUACUAGCAAGUAGGAGUGUGCCAUAUCCCAGUUUUUGCUUCUUCUCCCCGUAUGUUCUUUCUUCAGUUUCUGAAGAACCUUUGCAUACUUUGCCUGUCCAUAUUACAGACAAAAUGUCUUCAGCUCAUGAUAUGCAGGGAGACAGAAUUUCUCCUUCAAUAGGAAGACAUGAAUCUAUUACAAAUAAUCAGUUGGGAUGCUCUUUAGGCUCCUGGGUACCUUAUAUAAGUGGCCCGAUACUAUCUGUUCUUGAUGUGGCUCCAAUCAAAUUAGUUAAAGACUUCAUGGAUGACGUUUCUCAUGCUGUGCGAGAUUACCAAUGUCGGCAACUAGGAGGCUUGAAUGACAACUGCUUGGAGAAGGAACCCUUGUUUCCUGUGCAAAAUAUUCAUUUUACCGAUGAACCUGAUGAUCAUGCUUCCUUGUAUUCAAAUGUUCGUUCAUCAUCAAGUUCUCGAAAAUCAAAGAAGACUAUGGCUGCUGUAUUAGUAGAAAAAGCUAAAAAGCAGGCAGUUGCUCCUGUUCCAAAUGAGAUUGCUAAGUUAGCUCAGCGCUUCUAUCCUUUGUUUAAUCCUGCUCUGUAUCCUCAUAAGCCACCCCCUGCAAUGGUAGCAAACCGGGUGCUUUUUACUGAUGCAGAGGAUGCAUUAUUAGCAUUGGGUUUGAUGGAGUAUAAUACAGACUGGAAAGCAAUUCAGCAGCGGUAUCUUCCUUGCAAAUCUAAGCAUCAGAUUUUUGUCCGGCAGAAGAAUCGUUCAUCAUCUAAAUCACCUGAAAAUCCAAUAAAGGCUGUUCGGAGGAUGAAAAACUCUCCCUUGACAGCAGAAGAGGUUGCACGUAUUGAAGAGGGCCUGAAGGUGUUCAAGCUUGACUGGAUGUCCGUCUGGAAGUUUAUUGUUCCUUAUAGAGAUCCUUCCUUGUUACCCCGGCAGUGGCGCACUGCUAUGGGAACGCAGAAGUCAUAUACAUCUGAUGCUAGUAAGAAGGCAAAGCGUCGGUUAUAUGAUUUAGAGAGAAAAAAACUAAAAUCUGGUGCUUUGGAAACUUGGCAUAUAUCUCCCAGAAAGAAGGAUGAUGUUGCUAAAAGCACUUUGGAAGAAAAUCGUGGUGCAGAUAAUUGUACUGACAGAGAUGAGGAAGCUUAUGUUCAUGAGGCUUUUUUGGCAGAUUGGAGGCCUGCUGUAUCUAGUAUCCUAGUGAGUCAUUCUAUGUCAAACCCGGCAGAGAAAAUUCCUCCACUCCAGCUAUUUGGUGUGGAGAGUUCUCAAGUUGCUGAACAGAUGAAUAACAGUGGUUCAAGAAAUUGGCAAUCCUACAUCUCUAACGAGUUCCCUGUUCCUCUGAGGUCAUCAGUAACCGAGCCUGUUUUGCGGCCAUACCGAGCCCGUAAAUUUAAGAAGGGGCAGUUAGUUAAGCUAGCUCCAGGUCUACCUCCUGUUAAUCUUCCACCAUCUGUUCGAGUAAUGUCUCAGUCAGCUUUUAAAAGCUAUCAUGUUGGAACGAAUCCGGGGCCUUUUGGUGGGGAUGCUUCUACCGGUGAUGAUGUGAGAGACAAUGCAGUCCCAAACAUAGCAAAUGCUGCAAAGACAUGUGCCAAUUAUUUUGCGAAAGAUGGACCAUUUAGCAGUGCUGGGGGGAGCAAUAUAAGUAAUCAGAAUCUACAGGAAAGCAGUGUGUCAAAGGAGAAUAUGAAUGUUACAGAAGGAAAAGAUGAGUCAGGUCUAAAGAUGCAUCCUUUACUCUUCCGGACCCCUGAAGAUGAUGGUCCUUUGCCACAUUAUCAGUCUAACUCUAGUUUUAGUACAUCCAGUUCGUUCAGUUUCUUUUCAGGUUGUCAACCUCAUCUUAGCCUCUUUCAUCAUCCACGGCAAUCAGCCCAUACUGUUAACUUUCUUGACAAGUCUUCUAAUCCCAGUGAUAAAACUUCAACAUCAUCUGGUUUUGACUUUCAUCCGCUUCUUCAAAGAUCUGAUGAUGCAAAUUGUGACUUGGAAGUGGCAUCAUCUGUUGCGCGACCCUCUUGUACCUCAGAAUCAUCUAGAGGAAGGUGCACUCUAGUUCAGAAUGCUGUCAAUAGUAGUUCAAAUGUUGCAUGUUCAAUACCCUCUAGUCCUAUGGGAAAAAGCAAUGAGGUUGACUUGGAGAUGCACUUGAGUUUCACAUCCAGAAAACCGGAAGCCAUUGGGAGCAGAGGGGUGGUUGACCAUUUAGUGGCAAGAUCACCUACUAGUGCUUCUGGAGAUCAAAAUCCUCGUAAUGAUGGAACUCCAAAUAGAACCACCCAGCACAGUGAUUCAGGUGUCACUGCGAGGAUUUUGUCUAGCGAUGAAGAAACUGGAAAUGACGAUGAUUUGGAAAACCAGUCUCUCGAAGAAAUUGUGAUGGAGCAGGAAGAGCUAAGUGACUCUGAGGAAGAAAUAGGAGAAAGUGUAGAGUUUGAGUGUGAGGAGAUGGAGGACUCAGAAGGAGAGGAGAUAUUUGAAUCUGAGGAGAUAGCUAAUGAUGAGAAUGAGGAGAUGGAUAAAGUUGCAUUGGACGAUUCUUGUGAUCAACAUGUACCUAAUACACAUGGUAACUUGAAAAGAAAUUCUUGUAGCAUUACUGAAGGCCGUGCUACUAGGUUUAACAAAGCAACGGAUGACCAGCCUAGUUCUCUGUGCUUGAACUCGAAUCCACCACCUAGGCCAGUUUCUCCCCAAGUCAAGUCUAAGUCAAGACAUUCCAGUGGUUCUGCUGCCAAAGCCAAAGAUCCUACUUGUUCCAGGAGGUCUAGAAAGAAAGGAAGGCGGGACAGAGAUCGCCCUACAGUACAUAAGUCUGCUUCAGACAUGCCAGAACAGGCCAACGAAUCUUCUGUUUCUUCACACAAGAAAUCCAGGAAACGUGCACGUAAAACAGCUCCAAGGAAAACAGACACAAGCCUGAUCGCUGAGACGAAUGUGGAAAAUUCGGACAGUACUAAGAAAGAUGAAGUAGGUUGAUUUUUGGUGUAAUUAUUGUAAACAAAAGUUGAUUGAUUUAGAUUUUGUAGCCUCCAAGUGGCUUGUAUGGUUUCUUGGAUGUGUUAAUUUCACAUAACACAUUGGGGCUUGGAGUAUUGUUUGCCUCAUUUUUUGAAGUUCUCUUGCUGCUCUGGCAAGGUUCAAAUUUUACAAAGUGCAGCUGUAAUGUUUUCUCUGGG